AUGGGAAGAAGCCCAGAUUCUUUCAUAGGAGUCUAUUCAAUGACCAAAGCUACUUAAAUUAGUAUGAUAAAAUCAUUAGCUUAGGAAUUUAUUCCAGAUAACAUUAGAAUUAAUGGAAUAGGCCCAGGUUUCAUUGACACUCCCAUGACUGAGCCUAUAAAAUUGCUUCAAUUGUAAAACAAACAAGAAAUAAAUCCAAAGCUUUUUGGAUAACCAAGCUAGAUAUCAUCAAUUGUUGCAACAAUGUGUUCAGAGGAUGGUGGUUUUGUCAAUGGGGAAACUUAUUUUAUGCAAGGUGUUCUUGGAAAAAUUUGA